AUGUCCGGAAUCUUGGGAAAUAUGGACAUAUUUGACAGUUCGGUAGAAGACUGGACAACUUAUGUGGAAAGAGUUGAGCAGUACUGCCUAGCUAAUGAGAUACAGGACGAAAGAAAAGUGGCUGUCCUACUCAGUGUCAUGGGCGCCAAAAUGUAUAACUUACUCCGUAGCCUGGUCGCCCCAGCUAAACCGGCAGACAAAACAUUUGAUGAAAUAAUGCAGAUAAUGAAAAGUCAUCUAAACCCAGCACCAUUGGUGAUUGCUGAGCGCUUUAGAUUUCACAAGAGAAACCAGUCAAGGACGGAGACGGUGUCAGAGUACAUCGCAGAACUGAGGAAACUGGCCGAACACUGUCAGUUCAGAGACGGACUUUCAGAUGCUCUGAGGGACAGGUUCGUGUGCGGGCUGCACAACGAGAGCAUUCAGAAACGGCUUUUGACGGAGGACAAACUCACCUUGCAACGAGCAGUGGAAAUAGCUGUUUCAGCGGAGACAGCAGCAAGGGAUGCGACGGAGCUUCAAGAACAAUUCGACCACUUCAGCAACCAGCGCUUGGACCUUCCUCCAUCAGCUCCCGCUGCGACGCCCGAUCCACGUCCGUCGUCCGAGCUUGUUCCAGCGCCAUGGGCUCCGCGGCCGCCAUCGGACUUCGCAUCCGCGACGCCGGACCCGCGGCCGCCAUCGGAGUUCCUUCCGGCGCCAUCAGGACUCGCGGUCAACCAUCGGGCCCUACCCCAGUGUCGCCGGACACGCGACCGUCACCAGAUUUCAAGCCAGCUGCGCCGGACCCGCGAUCGUCCCUGGCCCCACUCCCGCUGCUGUGGCGCGUGAUGGCUCUUGCCGCUGCGCACAGCCCCGCCUUCCGAAUGCCGCCGAUUGUGGUAAGGACUUCAAGAGUUGCCGCCGAUUGCGGCACGGACUUCCAGAGUUGCCGCCGAUUGCGGUACGGACUUCCAGAGUUGCCGCCAAUUGCGGUACGGACUUCCAGAGUUGCCGCCGAUUGCGGUUUGUGUUCCAGAGUUGCCACCGAUUGCGGUUUGUGUUCCAGAGUUGCCGCCGAUUGCGGUUCGUGUUCCAGAGUUGCUGCCGAUUGUGGUUCGUGUCCCCCGAGUAGCCGCCGAUUGCGGUCCGUGUCCCCCGAGUAGCCGCCGAUUGCGGUUCGUGUCCCCUGAGUAGCCGCCGAUUGCGGUUAGUGUCCCCCGAGUAGCCGCCAAUUGCGGUUCGUGUCCCCCGAGUAGCCGCCGAUUGCAGUUCAUGUCCCCAGAAUUGCCGCCGAGCACAGUUAGGACUUUGCCAUAGGCCAGUGAGGUCGUUUGGAUUGGUGCGCUUCCCCCCCGCCCCUCCGCUCGCCGCGUCGGGGUUUUGUUUUUUUGGGAUGUCGGAAGCCGUCCCUUGUAAGAGGGGUACUAUCAGUGUCUGUGCUCGCCCCUCCCUUCCUGUGUCUACUCUCAAUCUAUCCAUAGUGGCAGUCACCUGCCUCUAGUUACCUGUCGCGUAUAUACUAAGUCCUGUCUGCGUGUCACACCCUGGUCGGAUUGUUCUCGUCUCGUCUGUCGUCGUCGUUCCUGUCUUUAUCUUGUGUUUUUGUCGAGUUAGUUUUGUCCCGAGUCGAGCUUCUUAUAGUCUGUUUUUGAGUUCUCCAAUAAACCCUGGUCCAAGCUGCAUUUGGUCGCCCUGCUCCAUUCCGAUCCGUGACAGUAGCAUUAAAAUUAGUAUCUGCAGUCUUCCUUCCAAUUGAAUUUUGCUUCAGUACAUUUGUUGUACAGAUCUUUAAAAGCUCAUUUUCGUGUUGCACACUAUACUGUAGUAUACAUAUUCAUAACUGAUAAAGGCAUCACUUAUGAUGUCGUAUACAUACAUCCUUCACACAUAGUAUUAAUACGCAGAUAUUAAGACUGUACUUAAAUGCAGUUUCUCCUACAACCCAUACAGUACAAACAAGUGAAGAGUCUGCUUUACUUUGUUUUUAUAGAACAAGCAUCAAGUUGUGAAAGCGCUAUACAAAUAAAGAAGUAUUCUAUUGUAUUGAGGUGGCAUGGUAGUGCACUGGUUAGCAUGUCCGCCUCAAUAUCCAGAGGGUGUGGAUUCGAUUCCAACUCCCUGUGUGGAGUUUGCGUGUUCUCCCCGUGCCUGUGUGAGUUUUCCCACAUCUUAAAAAACAUGCAUGGUGGGCUUAUUGAGCACUCCAAAUUGCCUAUGAGUCCGGGUACAGAUAGUUGUUUGUCUCUGUGUGCUCUGCGAUUGACUGGCGACCGGUUCAGGGUGUUCGCCGCCUGCUGCCUGAUGAAUGGUUCAGGGUGUCCGGCACCUAGUGCCCCAUGAAUGCUGGGAUAAGGUCCUGUAUGCCCGCGAUCCCCGUGGGGACAAGCAGUACAGAAGAUGGAUGGAUGUACACUGUACAUCUAUGGUCACGCCCCAAUAUCAAGUUCAAGAGUGCUGCAUCCAUUUACAAUCUUUGACCUUUCAGAGUCAGUUAAAUCUCUUUUUUGCCCUAUUUUGCCCGAGGAAUACAAGCUGCCCAAUAAUUAUGCACAAUGUGAUAGUGAAGUAAUGGCUUCGAAAUACAAAAAGUCCUGCCUAGCUACAAAAACAGAUAUGCUCAAACCUCAUUGAAUAAAGUACAUAAGCAGACAAGUAUAUUCACAUAUUAAAUCAAUAGAAGAAACAGUUUAAGCAUAUGCCAUGAUUUUCCAUGCAUAAUGCGCAAAAUUUAACUAAUUUAUUGUCCUAAAAUCUGGGGUGCGCAUUAUGCAUGGGUACAAGAAUUUUUGAAGAAAAUCUCCCUCGAAAUAAAACUUGAAAUCACC